AUGUACAUAACGUCCAUGAUAUCCAUCACCACCCUCACCAUCAAGUAUGUUUUGCAGAGGGAGCAUCCGACGAUACAGGAGUACACUAGGGCUAUGAACGGUGUUGUAGCUUGUAUAGCUUUUGUUUAUGCUAUCUGUAAAAGCUUGGUGCUGAAGCUGUUCGGGAAGAAGCUGCUGCUGCUGAUGGACAUGGUGGAGGAGCUGGGGGCGGUGGACGAGGCCGCAACCCCCCACCGGGACCGCUCCGUGCGGCACGCCACCCUCUACCUCGGCCUGCUCUGCCUCAUCCCGGCCACCUGGACCGCCUGCUCCAUGUUCUACAUGCACAACAUACCCUUCCCCACCGACUGGCCCUGGGGGGACCACACCCCCUUCAGGUAUUUCCUAUCUUUUUCUAUCGACUUCGUGGCGGCAACCUAUUGCGCGGUUACUCACUCCACAUACGACACAAUAUUCCCAGUUUGCGCUGGUGCGAUAUGCGGUCACAUUGCCUCAAUUAGCGCAAAGAUGGAAAAAUUAGGUACGACAGGUAACAAAAAGAAGGACAAGGAAAUACUUACUGAAUGCUAUCGCCUACACGUCGCUCUCUUAAGAAUAUCUGAACACAUCAACAACACAUUUGGGUUUGUUUUCCUCAUCCAGUCGAUCUACACAGUGCUCCACGCUUGUGUCAUUAUAUACCAAGUGAUGAAGGUGAGCGACAUAACUCUGGCAGUUUUGAACACUGCUCCAAUCUUAGCUUCAUCAUACGCACAAUUCCUUCUCUUCUGCUACUAUGGAGAGCUUCUCACCGAUUAUUUUGAGAGGCUGAGGUUCGGCUUCUACAACAACUGUUGGUACCAGUGCGACAUGGAGAUGAAGAAGACGCUGGUGAUAAUGACGCUGGCAGCAAACAGGACGGUAAGGUUGGAAGCUUACGGUAUUACCUUUGCCGGCCACAAGACGUAUGUUUCGGGGCUACAAGACUCCAUUUCUUACUACUUGAUUCUCAAGACGGUGACCACUGAUACAUAGUUUUGAAUAAAUCAUCAUUUUGAAAAGUGUACCGUCGAAAUUAAAACUUAUAAAAAUAAAG